GCGCCGGCCUUGUGCCGCUCCGUGCACUGGUUCCGCCGCGGGCUGCGGCUCCACGACAACCCGGCGCUGCAGGAAGCGCUGCGGGACGCCACGUCCCUCCGCUGCAUCUAUAUCCUGGACCCGUGGUUCGCAGCCUCCUCCGCCGUGGGCAUCAACCGCUGGCGAUUUCUUCUCCAGUCCCUGGAAGAUCUGGACAACAGUUUAAGGAAACUGAACUCUCGCUUGUUUGUUGUGCGAGGGCAGCCAACAGAUGUCUUCCCAAGACUCUUUAAAGAAUGGGGAGUCACUCGUCUCACCUUUGAAUAUGACUCGGAGCCGUUUGGAAAGGAGAGGGAUGCAGCCAUCGUCAAACUGGCCAAGGAGGCGGGUGUGGAGGUGGUGAUAGAGAACUCCCACACCCUCUAUGACCUGGACAGGUACGGGGAGAGGAAGGGCAGACAUGCUGGCUGGGCUGAGCUGGGAUUGUCUUGUCUGCAAAGACUUCAGUCUUCCAUUACACUGAUCACUGUCAUCCUGAGUGAGCCUAUAAGGAUUACUCUGCACACUCCACUUUUGAUUAGAACACGUCAAAGUGCUGACAGUGACGUGAAUGUACAGAAAGGUGUUGCCUCAAGCUUAUUAAAACUCUGUACUUGAGUUUAAUUUAAUUUGCUCAGCUGUGUCCUAUUGAUUGCUCUCCUUGAGCAUGUCCUCAGUGUAUGGACUGCUUUUUUUCUGCUUCAUUGUAAUAAAGGUAGUUGAGCUGUUGUCUCAAACAGGUUAUGAAAGCAGGGCUUUUAACCGAUGGAUGUGUCAGGACAGCUGGAAGAAAUAAAACAAGGUAGAUUGGGACAAACUUUCCUUUUUCUAAAACCUGAAUGCUUUGUCUUUGUUGUGUAUUGCUGUGUUUGUUGUUUUGAUGUUGAAUUUUAUAUGUUUACUUAUAUGUAUAAUCUCUCUAUAUCUAUGUGAUUUUAAACGGUGGUGACAGUCUUUCAGCUAAGACUCUAAGGUAUGCUUGACUGCAAAGUCAGUACAGUGUUUCAGUACUAUUCUUACAGGUAGCUUUCUUUUUUUCUUCCCUCCCCUUUUUUUUCCCCUUUUCUUUCUGUGUGACUAGUACCAGUAAUGCUGAUUGUAGAUUUUUCUCCUAUAAAUCUUUAACAUCCAUAAUUUCCUAUGUGAAGAAGCUUUGCAAUGAGCAAAUACUUUGUGAAGAUGUUUGUCUCUGGAGUGAGAAGGAUUCUUGCACCUGUCUCGUGAGUGGGUGCUGCUUUCUCAUUCUGCAUUAGGUGACAAUGUUUAUUACCAAUGUUUAUUACAUCCUCACCUCUUCAAUGUCAACAGCCAUCACAUUCUUUUUCAUGUCACCUAUGUCUUUUCCAAAGUGGAGGGUUUCAGGUGGAAUCUGUUCUAAAUCUCUUGUAAGUUUUAUCACCUUUCUUUAUACUUCUGGGUAUUUCUAGAGAUGGAGAGCAGUGGUGAAAAUGGUGACUAGUGUGCAAGAUGCAGAACCAACAUGGAUUUUUAGAGUGCUAUAAUGUGUCUUGUCUUUUCCUAACAGUCAGUAGCAUUAUUUCUGCUUUUUCCUGAGUGCUGCUAAAUAUUAAACCGAUGUCUCAGGGCUUCCUUCCAGAAUGGUCACAGCUAUUUGAGAGGCUGCUACUGUAUAAAUAAAUUUAGGAUUGCAUAGCUAUGCAUAUGGAGAAACAACAUGACCAACACUGCAAUUUCAUCUGAUAUUUUUGGCAGCUGGUUAUGUGGCAUACAGGGAAAUUUUUAAGUUUCCUUUUAUCUUUGGCUAUCCCAGAUAGCUUAUUGCGUCAGUAAACUUAAUCAUCAUGCUCUUUUUUGUCCCUUCCCAAUACUUUGUAAAAAAUAUUAAGCAGCACAAGCCCUAGCUCAGCUCUGUCUAGGAUUUUUCUUCCUGUUGGAAAAAUAGAUUCCUUCUCUAAUUCUGUGUAUCAAAGAAUUUUCUGUCUGCGUGGACUCUUUUCUUUAUAGCAAAUUAUUGUGGUUUCUUUAAUUUUUUUCAGUGAGGGAUCUAGUCAGAUGGCAUCUCAAAAUGCACGUAGUAUAUAUCAAGUAAAUCUGCCUUGCCCCAGGCUCAAAUGUUUCUAAUAGAUUUUCAGGCACAUCUUCCCUUUUAUCAAGGCCAAAUUAACCCUCCAGCAUAUUGCAUAUAUCCAUGCAUUCACUGUUUCCAUAAGUAUUUUCUACCCAUCUGCUUAAUGCUCAUAUCAGUAUAUUCAUUUGUCCCUCUGAUGUCCCUGAAAUGCUUUCACAAUCUGGAGUUGUAUUUACUUUAUUUUUUCCCUCAUAGUAUUUUUUAUAUUUCAUGCAGCAGCUAUUAGUUUGUGUAUUUCGUGAUGUCCUUUACAAUUUCUGGGUGAAUAUUUGGUGACCCUGGCAAGAUUUUCAAGCAUAGCCUUGUUUUAUGGCACUUUUUCCUGGUCUCCCAAUAUGUCACUUCAUCUGAUACAUUUUUUGAAAAAAAUAAAAACCCAAGAGUCAUAACUUCCCUAGAUACCUCCAUAGUGAAUACACCUGCAAAAAUAUACGCAGGGGUUUCCUUGUGCUGUUACAGUCUCUCCUUUCUUUAAUAAGCUGAUCACCUCUUUGUCCUAUAAAUAUUCUGGAGUAUCUGUAAAGGGGAUGUUUUUGGUUGGUUUUUUUUUGCACUACUUACACCUUUUUUUUAAAAGGUUUCUCAAGCUUUCAUUUAGAUUAGGAGGUGCAAGAAGGCUGUGGUUUUUUAUUUAACCUACCAAAGUUUGGUAGGUUUCUAUCAUUGUCUUAAUUUUUCCAGAAGAUUCUGCCUCUGUUGUCUUAGCUGAUGCUAUUCUUUAAUUGUUUUGACUCUUGUGAUCUUUCUGGAAUACUUUCUCACAUCUGUAUGGUAUUGUUGCUCCUGGAAGGGUGUUAAAUUGAUGCAUGCUAAAGUCACAGAGCAGGCAAGUGAUAACUAACAUUUUCAGCUACAUCUUAGCACUAAGACUAAAUCAUGAAUUGACACUCCUUGUGGGUUCCUGAUUUCUUAUUCCAUGGAGCAGUCAUUUAUGGCAACUAGAAAACUGGGUUUUGUCAGGUGAUGGGGUGCGAUAGAUACCCAGUCUGUGUGGAUGCACUUGAAGUCUCCAAUUACUUUGACAUUUCUUGGUUCUUGGCAUCUCUGAGAUUUCUCAGCAGGUGGUAAUAUAGCUUUAAUACUGUAUUUCUUGUGGAAAUCCCAGAGAAUCUCCCCCUCCAGCUGUGUUAUCCAGACAUCUAACUCAGGGUAUGCCUUUUCCUCUGCUCACCCUAAUGUUUUUCCUACAUAAUCAGCAGGUGGUAAUAAUACCUGGUGGUGGCAUCCUACUUCUCAUCUUUCUUUAAUCAGAUUCCUGACAAGAUUGUCAGCCCAGUUUCAAACAAUUUAGACUCAUCUUUCACUCCUACAUAAAUGGAUCCAGCACUUCUCUUGUGCCCUGCAGUGUAUUCCUGGUACCACCCCCACCAGCUCCUUUUAAACUUUUGCCAAGAGCCUGCUCAGUUAACUUGUGAAUUAGACCAGUUUUACGCAGUAGGAAGAUUACAAUGUGCCCCUUGUUGGCACUGCCAGCAUAGUUGUGUGAUUAUUCAGAGCAUCUUUCACAUCUUCUUCCCCAAAACAAGAAGAGGUGUAUAGAAAAUGAACAUCAGUGCUGAAAAAUACUCCUAAGAAAAUCUGGGAAUUCCCAGUCAAGAUUAGCCAUGUUCAGAUUGCUGAAGCCAGACAGAAAAGAUAAUCUCUUGGGUAUCAUUUUAGCCUGCUCAUAAGCCUUUAGUUGACAGUUAUUCUGUCUGACAACUUCCAGGUGACAGGUUGUUUUGUCUGUUGCCUAGAUCUGCCUGUUUUCUCCUCCUUAGGAUCGAAAUUCUUUGUAGUGUGUUUACUGAUGGUCAGCACUGUGGUUUCUGUAAUCCCAGCAGGCUGGGUUGUUCAGUGGGAGUGGUUUAGGUCAGAAAAGAACACUGUGAUCUUGUGUGUUUGUAGCAUGCAUCAGGGUCAGCUUUUCCUCACAUACCCUAGCCUAAGGCUGAAAUGACAGUAGAAUGUGUUCUCAUAGGAGCACGUACUAACUUGAAGGAACCAGGCUUGGGGAAGCGUGCAUGCCUUGGUGCUUCUGCAGUUAUGUACACUAUGCCAAAAAGGUGUGUUAUUUCUAAGAAGAUUUACUCAAACUUCUGCCUGCCACAUCUCGUUAUUCUGUCUUGUCCUGUGUGGUGCUCUGGUGUCAGGUGUUUUCCCCCACUGCCGAUACUCAGCCUGUCAUCAAGUCACUUCUUCAUCUCUCAUCUUCUCAGUAUGUGUUUCUGCAGAAGUUUAAUUGUUUGUUCUUUGUUCAGCAUCUGUUGGAUGGACAGAUCAGUUGGUUAUCUCUCCAUCUCCUCUCUGAAUUUCUGUAGAAAUACCCUUUGUUCUAUGUACACAGAACCCUCCAUGAGCUCUCUGGAGCGGGGAUUUGGAUCAGAGCAAUUGCAUAAGCUGGCGAGGCUAGCGAAACAGUCCGCGUGAAUCGGUACUGGGGUGCGUUGGGCAGCCUGUGUGCCGAGUGCUGGCAGCCAGCUCUUCCUCCUGCAAGGAAGCGGGGGAGCACAUUCAAUCCCUUGCCAGAACCCAGCCUCGUCGUUUGCAAGUGAGCUGAGGUGUCGGGUGUUUGAGGCCAGCAGCUUUCCUAAGCCCGUUAGCCAUCCUGCAGGGGCACUGCUGUGGAGAUAAUUCAGAAGAUGACACCUGUGAGGGCGUGCAUUCGAGUCUGCAGACACUCUGCUGUCACAGGUGACUGAUUGUAGGAUACCUUUUAAUCACAGCAGUGCUGGAAUUGUUUGGGCAGGUUUGGGUUGCCUGCUUUCCUGAGGUGAAGUGUGACUGUGUGACUGAUGGUAAAACAGACCUUCAUAACUUCUGUCACCAAGGUACUACUGUCAGAUAGUGCUGGGCAGCAUAUUGCUAGUUUGGUAGCACAGCCAGUUUUGGGUGUGCUCACUAACUUAAGGUUAGGUUCUGUGUGAUGAAUACAGUGAUUAUCUGUUCCACUUCAAGAAAACUAGAACAACUGCCACAUGUGACAAAUUGGGCUGGGGGAGAUAAAUGAAGUGGGGGUAUUAAAUCCUGAAGAGGGGCCUCCCUUUUUUUUUGUCAUUAAAAGUCCUGUGAAAGUGUGGCCUAGAUUAGAAGGUCAAUGUGAAGAAGGAAAGGACUCCUGCUUGAGGAGCUUCCUGUACAAUUCUUUGUACAGAAGGCUGAACAGUACUACAAUACCCAGUAAGUGUAGUAUAAUAUCCCAUAUUGUGCAAUUCCUAAUAUUCAAUAGUUCUUUUCCUGGCAGUAUUAUGAAUGGUCCAGAUUUAGUGUAUCACGCCAGUGUCAGCUGCUGUGAAAUGUGCAGCUUGUCCUAGUCCUAUCUUAAAAUAUUUGUGUUCCAGAUCCAAUAACACUUUAGGAAUUCAGGAGCUGUGCUAGGUAAUUUCACUCAUGCUCACAACCUUGAGGAUUUCAAGUACAGACACUAGCAUCCAUCUGCUAGUCACAGUAGCUGUCUGUCCACAGAAGUUUUAGGUGUGGAUCUUGUACCAUGGCGUGGAUCGCAGACUGAACGGCAGCUUUAGCAGGAAUGAAAAAAGAGGUAGUAUAGAAGAAGUAGCUUCCCUGCUCCCAUCCCAUGCCCAUUUGCUCAGGGCAAACAGGGUGCAGCUUUGUCAGCUUUUUUGGUUUGCUUCUGUUUUCUCUUCUAAGCUCUGAAUUCCUAUGGAAACAAGCAAGCCUCUCUAGAGUGCUGUAACUGGAAAUGCCUCCUUCUUAUCCAGUGGAAACACUGAUUUUUGGGGGAUCUUUGGCUGGUCAUGUUUGGGUACUCACUAAGCAGCCACAGAGAAGGGUGUGAUGGGUAGAAUUCGUGAGUUCUGUCAUUUCUUGCCAUCACUGGGGUUGGAACAUGGAGACAGACAGCAAAAAAGUGUAUGCAAGAAAGCAGAGAUGCACUCUGGUGUGGUGAUGCAGGACAGAACGUGUUGGCUGUAAGGCAAAUGCAAAUACAUCUGUCUCUGUGUAUGCCUGUGUCAGAGGGCUGUGCCCACACCGUGGCCAUGUUUAUAGCCUGGCACUAGGAACGUACAGUACUUUGCACUCUGUGCACAUCCUGAUGUCCCUCCCUCUCUCUCUCUCUCCCUCUCUCUCUCUCUCUCUCUCUGCCCUGUUCAUUAAUGUCUUUAUCUCCAAGCGUUUACAAUUUAAAAGCAGAAAACCGGGAGGCAACUGCAGGAGGCUUCAUUUUUAAUCUGUUCAGCCGUGCUGCCCGUGGGGGAGGCUCCGCUUCCCUCGGCCGGGCGUG